ACAGUAUACCCCCGAAUUAUACCCGGUGCUGCUGGGGCGGAGGAAGGCAAGCCCCGGGGGCAGCUGCUGCGUGUUCCCUUCCCAGAACGGCGCCCUACGCCACACCGCGCGGUGCAAAAUACUGGCAGGGCACAGGCAGGCGCCCGCCCCGAGGCGCAUACACACAGUACUCCCCGUCUUGCUGGUGGGCUCGGCUUUCCGGGGGUCCUCUCACACCCUUCUGGACUGCUGGAAGAAGAAGUAGCACACAGAAUUGGGAGGCAUGCCCCUGCGGAGAAACACCCUGAAAAGCAUCGUGCCCGACAAUGCUGUCCUCGGCUGUAGCCGAUGUCUAAAGUCUGCCUGAAUGACUACGGCCUUCACAUCCAUUCCGGUCCUCUUCAGGAACCCGCCUGUCUAUGGCCUGUCCCGGAUUACCAACAGCCUGUUCAUCAGCAAUGGGGAAGCUGCCAACAACAAGGUCUUCCUCUAUGCCAAUCAGAUCACAACGGUCAUCAACGUUUCGGUGGAAGUGGUCAACACCUACUUCCCGGACAUUUACUACAUCCACGUCCCAGUGACGGACUCUCCCCAUUCCCGGCUUUACGACUUCUUCGACCCCGUAGCCGAUAAGAUCCGCAACGUGGAGUUGAACCAAGGCCGGACACUGGUGCACUGCGCCGCAGGAGUCAGCCGCUCAGCUGCCCUCGGCAUCGCCUACCUGAUGAAGUACCACUCCAUGACUCUGGCCAACGCCCACGCCUGGACCAAGUCGUGCCGGCCCAUUAUCCGGCCCAACAACGGCUUCUGGCAGCAGCUCAUCCAGUACGAGUACAAACUCUUUGGGAAGACCAGCGUCAAGAUGGUCCAGUCUCCGCUGGGAGUGAUCCCCGACCUCUACGAAAACGAAAUCCAGGUCAUGGUCGCUUUGUGACUAGCAGCAGACUCCCGGCGCCGGCGGCACUAACGUACAAGGCACUCUUGGGAAUUUUACAGACUCAGUACAGUACAGAGCCCUCCUGCCUUGCCAGGAAAGGGGAUUGGCUGAUUAGGAGGACCCGCUCUGCUUUUUUCUUCUAUAAAUAAAAACAGCCAACAUUAGGUGGUGGGGAGGGGACCCAA